CAGUCGUGUCGCAGCACUUGGUAAGGACUACAGCUACAGCCAUGAUCCGCACACUCGCUCUCGUCUGCCUUUUGGUACCAUUCAUUGGUGCUUUCGAAGUUGGCUUCAAAAGGAGGUUCGACGCAGUCAACCUCUUCAAUGCCUUCAAAGACGUCCCUCGCUCUAACGCCUCUGCCGCCAAAGACAAAUGGGUGAAUGUGGAGAGACCCUACAGUGCUGAAGGAUUUGAACCCCUGCAGAUGUGGUGUCCCGCAGACGACUACUCGUUCUGUAUCCUUACUGACGAAACUUCUUACGCUGCUGGUGUGCAAAUCUCGGUGCGUGUUGACGCAUUCACUCCUGUUUAUGACAUGGAUGAUCUUGGUUUCAAAAACUGGGAACCCGAAGUUAACGGAGAGACCAUUGCGUACUACACCAAGGCUGAGUACUUCGUAGCCCCUGACGCCGAAACUCGUAUCAACUACCCCGACCCUGAUAAAAAUAUCAUCAGAAAUGAUUACGUAACGGUAGAAGGCUUCAAAGACCAGGUGGUGAAAAUAGCAAAGUACGCUAAGGACCUCGACACUGUAUUCACUAAGCAAGCUUGCUUCUUAUGGAUGGGUCUCCAUUACUACUACAACAUGUCUGAAGAACUGGAAUGCAGCUCUACCACCAUGUUCACCUGGUUCCCCUUGUACGAUGGUGGUGAGCUCAACGCCAUUGGAUUCAUGGUGCCCGGAACAUUAACCGUGGGUAGAGGACAGGCCGACAAUUUCGAACACCCCCCUGAGACCGCAGUUAAGCUGAUCGUGCCACGUGGCCCCCAGUGCAUGUACGAUGAUGUCGGAGAGAACGGUGUCACCACCAUGCACGUGUACUUCACCGAGCACCCCCGCAGGAUCACCUGCUUGUUCGGUUAGGAUUCCGUUAAAUACGGACGAACCGAAGAAUUGCACCUGUAUUCCGGAAUUUUAAUAAAUUUUGUUGCAUAAAA